GGAUUCAGACUGGAUAUCCGCACAAUUUAAGAUUAUUCAUCCCUAAAUAAUUACCAUGGACAUUCCGGAAGCCACGAAAAUGACCGCCAGAGAUACUGGGUGCAGCAACCUUUCCAUCCCGAACUGUGGGAAUGUAGUAUCUGUAGGAUUUCCAAUAACCAUGAUGGUCACUGGCGUCGUUGGCAACUCUUUAGCUCUUAUCCUGGUCUACACAUCUUACGGGAAAAAGGAAAACCGAAGGAAAAAAUCGUUCUUACUUUUUAUCGGAUCUCUGGCUUUGACGGAUCUGUUCGGGCAGCUUUUGACCAGUCCGGUAGUGAUCUCAGUCUACCUGGCUGAUCAGAGGCUGUCUAUGAUCGACACCUCCGGGAACCUGUGCGCAUACUUCGGCGUCUGCAUGACAACUUUCGGGCUCUGCGCUCUGUUUUUGGCAAGCGCCAUGGCCACGGAAAGGGCCAUGGCGAUAACAAACCCUCACUGGUACUCUAAUCACAUGAAGACAAGUAUCACUAAGCAGUCCCUGGUUGCCAUAUGGUGUGCUGGGUUCCUCUUUGCUUUGUUGCCCGUCGCGGGGAUCGGAGAAUACACGGAGCAGUGGCCGGGCACCUGGUGCUUCAUCAGGACAGGCAAGAGUGAGGCUCCUGGCAAUGGCUUCUUUGCCUACACGUUCGCUUUUCUUGGGGUUUCCUCUCUACUUGUGACGCUCUGCUGCAAUGUGAUGACUAUCCGCGGCUUGAUCAUCCGAUGUAAAACAAAGACUGGUGCUUCCCAAUCUUCCAAGCACUGGGAGCGUCUUACUACAGAGACAGUCAUCCAGCUGUUAGGGAUCAUGUGCGUUCAGAUUAUUUGCUGGUCUCCUCUAUUGGGAAUGUUGCUGAGGAUGAUCUACAGCCAAGUAUCCUCAGAAGAAUGUAAUUCAGCAUACAAAAAAACAAGCAACAUCCAGAACAAAGUUACAAAUCUAGACUGUGACUUCUUUCUACCCGCGAUACGUUUGGCCUCCCUCAACCAAAUCCUGGACCCAUGGGUCUAUUUGCUCCUGAGGGAGAUCCUCCUGCGAAAGUUCUGCAUCAUGGCUAAUGCCGUCUCCAAUUGCUCCAUGGAAGAUCAGAAGGAAACACAGACAGCAAUGGAUGCCCUCAACAAAAACAAACACAAUCAAGAUGGCAACAGCAUUUGUAAAUCACCAAGCAGCUAAGUCGGCAUCUGUCAGCAAUUUCUUACCGAAGGACUACAGGUAAAAAUGCUUUCAGAACUAUGGGAGUAAAAAGAAAGCAAGUGAAUGGAUACUUUUUUACACAAGAACUUAUUGACAUGGGAUACAGCUGAGCCACUAGUACAGGUAUUAGAAUCUACUUUGUUUAAAACCCAUUUUGUUGAAGAGUACCAAACAAGCAUGUGGAUGCAUGACUGCCAUAUCGUUAACUCAGCCAGAGCUCUCACUUGGCCAGAGUUCAUAUAAGCUUGUGACAGAUGCAAUAUCUGAACGAGGAUUACUUCUAACUGACAGCUCAUUUAUCUUGUGAAGCCAUGGAUUGAUUCAAGAAGACUAUUGAAUGUAUUUUUUUAAUGAAGAAAAAUAUGGGAAAAUUGCUUAGAUAUGCUGCUUUCUCUCCUGUGAGACAUAGGCAUCUUGCUUAAAAAAACAAACCGUGAUUAUUUAAAGAACAUAUAUGUUAUAAACUAGAUCGAAAUAUUAAAUAAAUGUAUUUAUUAGUGUCUGUACAAUUUUGUGCUGAUGAUGCUACCUGCUGGGUUGUACUUGUUACUAACUUUUACCAUCCACAUCACAAUUCUUGACCACCAGCUAGGCACUAAGAAAUGUGAAGUGUUUUUGACAGGCUUCAUUCUGACCAUAAAAUGAAUUCUCUGCUGUAUUUAUUUAAAAGACCACAAAACUAAUUAGUAAUAAAUUAAUGACUUGUGAAGGAACGAGCUGACUAGCAUUAUGAUGUCAUAGCACAAAAUCACCUUUAUGGAACUGUUGCUGAUUCCUAUCUACUUAUUAGCUCUACUUUAGUUUAA